CUAAACCGCAGCCGUUUGUAUCCGCCUCUCCACUCCCACAGCUCCUCUUUCAUAAACCCUAAACCCUAGCGAUACACUCUCAAUUUCAAUACAGCUUUCCAUUUCAAUGGCGAGCGCCGUCCUCCGAUCUCUCCGUCGCCGUGAAGUUUCCUCCGCCUCUAGCUCUGCUUUCCGAAUAUUAACUGGAAACACUAAACCAUCAUGGGCUGUAAGCAACAGCUUGGCAGGUCUUGUAAGGCCGUUCAGUACCAAACCGGCUGGAAAUGAUGUGAUUGGUAUUGACUUGGGUACCACAAAUUCUUGUGUAUCUGUCAUGGAGGGAAAGACUCCAAAAGUUAUUGAGAAUGCUGAGGGUGCUCGGACAACGCCGUCAGUUGUUGCUUUUAGCCCCAAAGGAGAACUGUUGGUUGGAAUACCAGCAAAGAGACAAGCUGUCACCAAUCCUACCAACACAGUCUUUGGAACCAAGCGGCUAAUUGGUAGACGUUUUGAUGACCCUCAGACACAGAAGGAAAUGAAGAUGGUUCCUUACAAAAUUGUCAAGGCUCCUAAUGGAGAUGCAUGGGUUGAGGUCAAUGGGCAGCAGUACUCACCAAGUCAAAUUGGUGCUUUUGUCCUGACCAAGAUGAAGGAAACUGCUGAAGACUACCUUGGGAAGACUGUAACCAAGGCUGUUGUUACCGUUCCGGCUUAUUUCAAUGACGCACAGCGACAAGCUACCAAGGAUGCGGGGAGAAUUGCAGGGCUGGAUGUGCAACGGAUUAUUAAUGAGCCUACCGCAGCUGCACUCUCUUAUGGCUUGAACAAUAAAGAAGGCCUUGUUGCAGUUUUUGAUCUGGGAGGUGGAACAUUUGAUGUAUCCAUUUUGGAGAUUUCCAAUGGCGUCUUUGAGGUGAAAGCCACUAACGGUGACACAUUUUUGGGAGGGGAGGACUUUGACAAUGCUUUGUUGGAGUUUUUGGUCAGUGAAUUCAAGAGAACGGACAAUAUUGAUCUGUCUAAAGAUCGUCUUGCUCUGCAGAGACUAAGGGAGGCAGCUGAGAAGGCAAAGAUAGAGCUCUCGUCAACAACUCAGACUGAGAUCAGCUUGCCCUUCAUCACUGCUGAUUCAACUGGUCCAAGGCAUCUGAAUAUCACACUGCCAAGGUCCAAGUUUGAGGCUCUGGUUAACAGCUUGAUUGAGAGGACUAGGAAUCCUUGCAAGAGUUGCUUGAAGGAUGCUGGCAUCUCCAUUAAGGAAGUUGAUGAAGUGCUCCUUGUUGGAGGAAUGACCCGUGUUCCCAAGGUUCAGGAAGUAGUAACUGAAAUCUUUGGCAAGGCCCCAAGCAAAGGGGUCAAUCCAGAUGAGGCUGUUGCCAUGGGGGCUGCUAUUCAAGGUGGCAUUCUCCGAGGUGAUGUCAAAGAGUUACUUCUCCUUGAUGUUACACCGUUGUCUCUAGGUAUCGAGACACUUGGAGGAAUCUUUACAAGAUUGAUCAACAGAAAUACCACAAUUCCUACAAAGAAAAGCCAGUCAUUCUCGACAGCUGCUGACAAUCAGACCCAGGUCGGCAUCAAAGUGCUUCAAGGAGAGCGUGAGAUGGCUACGGAUAACAAGCUCCUUGGUGAAUUUGAGCUCAUGGGUAUUCCUCCAGCUCCUAGGGGCAUGCCUCAGAUCGAAGUCACGUUUGACAUCGAUGCCAAUGGUAUCGUGACUGUUUCUGCAAAGGAUAAGACCACCGGCAAAGAGCAGCAGAUUACAAUUAGGUCGUCAGGUGGUCUAUCGGAGGAUGAGAUUGAGAAGAUGGUCAAGGAGGCUGAGGUACACGCCCAGAAGGAUCAGGAGAGGAAGGCAUUGAUAGAUGUCAGAAACAAUGCGGACACCACCAUCUACAGCAUUGAGAAGUCGUUGAAUGAGUACAGGGAGAAGAUUCCAAGUGAAGUAGCUACUGAAAUUGAGACCGCUGUUGCAGACCUGAGAAGUGCGAUGGCCACUGAGAACAUAGAUGAUAUCAAGGCUAAGCUUGAUUUGGCAAACAAGGCGGUGUCAAAGAUUGGACAGCACAUGUCGGGCGGCGGUUCAAGUGGUGGUCCCACUGGAGGCUCGGAGGGAGGUGACCAGCAGGCACCUGAGGCAGAAUAUGAGGAGGUAAAGAAGUAGAUGGCUGAUGUGGGAUUAUAUAGCCAGUUGAACUGAGUUCAAUUUUUUUUUGGAGGAUGUAUUUACAUUACAGUAGUUUGGUUGUAGUUGUUGGAUUUCGGAAACUUCCUCGGGCUGAAAUGCUGAAUUAAGCAUCGGUUUUUUUUGA